ACUUCCUCUCCGCAGCACCCAUAACAAAUAUGGCGGCCUGCAGGCACCUCGGGGCAGGACUCCGUCUCUCUGCCAGUCUGUCGCGUCUGGUUAUUAAUCAAGGACAUCACAAUGCCGGAUUUCACGGGAUAUCCUACAGGCCUAAACCACGAGUCACAAGCAGAUGGCCAAAUACCUCUUUUGCAGUUGUCCCCGGGAGAACCAUGUUUGUCCAGACCCAGGACACCCCAAACCCAAACAGCCUGAAGUUUCUACCGGGUCGCGUGGUUCUGGAAGCGGGAACUAUGGAUUUUGCUGCACCCCGUGAUGCGUUCUGCUCCCCCCUUGCCAGGCAGUUGUUCAGAAUCGAUGGCGUCAAAGGUGUGUUCUUGGGUCCAGACUUCAUCACCAUAACAAAGUCUGAUGCGGAAGUGGAAUGGAAGGUGAUCAAACCAGACGUAUUCGCUGCCAUUAUGGAUUUCUUCACCACUGGCCUCCCCGUGGUCAACGAGGACAGCGUCCCCAGUCCAGACACAGCACCAUCGGAUGACGACGAUGAAGUAGUGGGGAUGAUCAAAGAACUCCUGGACACUAGAAUACGGCCCACGGUGCAGGAGGACGGGGGAGACGUCCUGUACAUGGGCUUCGAGGACGGCAUCGUGAAGCUGAAGCUGCAGGGCUCCUGCACCAGCUGCCCCAGCUCCAUCAUCACCCUGAAGAGCGGCAUCCAGAACAUGCUGCAGUUCUACGUCCCCGAGGUGGAGUCGGUGGAGCAGGUGAAGGAUGAUGAGGAGCAGAUCGCUCAGGCUUGACUCCAAUGACAAGAAACGUCAUAGCGAUUCCCCUCCUGCUGUUUUUUCUGCUGUCAUUGAGCACGCACACUGUCCAUAGAUAAACCCUCUGGUUUCAUGCAGCAUAGUGAUAAGCUGUUGGAUGUAAAACCACAUCAUCCAGUUUAACGGAUACACAGUAUUUGGAAAUAUUUAUAGAAUAUGUAUAUGUAUUAAUUUGUCAAAAUAAAGAUGUACAUGAAGUAUA